AUGAAUGUGAAUGACAUUAAGGAAGAAGACAUCUAUGACUUUCUACCAGAGCAUUUGUCCACAGACAUGAAGGAUAGUGGUGCGUGGACACCAAUUUGCAAAGAAGAGCCGUGUUUAUCAGAUGGGAUUGAAGAAGGAGAGAAGUCUCAUGUAAUGCAAUUUAGUGGUGAUGAGAGCACUUCUACAAUUCAGCCAUCAACUCCUUCACAACAGGCAAUAUCUCUGAAGGUGAUUAAAGAGGAAGACAUGUAUGAUUUCCUCCCGGAGUAUUUGUGCAGAGCAAAGGAGGAAGAGAAUGAAACUGAUACAUCAUACGUGAAAGAAGAAGCCCUGGACAUGAAAAUGGAAGCGGACACAUCUCCAAUUGAAUGCAAUGAAGAUAUGUCCCCAAUAGGUGAACACCAGACAGCUCAUACUUGUGCGGACCAAACUCAGUGUACCACAAGUGAGAAGAGCUUUGAAACAAAACAUCAUUCAUCAAAGCGCAAGACAACCCUUGUAUCAGGAAAUCUAUUCAAAUGUGCAACAUGUGGGAAAGAAUUUGCAAACAAUGGUAAUCUCAAAAGGCACCAGAUAACCCAUACUGGGGAAAAGCCUUACCAGUGUGCUACAUGCGGAAAAGACUUUAAUCGGAAAGGUACCCUCAUCAUCCAUCAGAGAAUCCAUACUGGAGAAAUGCCCUAUGAGUGCACUACAUGUGGAAAAGGCUUUAUAUCAAAGGGUAUUCUCGACAAGCACCAGAUAGUCCAUACUGGAGAAAGGCCUUUUCUGUGUGCCCAUUGUGGAAAAAGCUUUAAUCAGAAAGGUCAUCUCAUUGCUCAUCAGAAAGCUCACAAUGGAGACAAACAAUAUCAGUGUUUAACAUGCGGAGCAGCCUUUUUACAGCCCAACGGUUUAGCUCGUCAUGAGAGAAUCCAUACUGGAGAAAGGCCUUACAAGUGUGCUACGUGUGGAAAGGACUUUAAAGAGAAAAGUCACCUGAUCACCCAUCAGAGAAUCCACACUGGAGAAAGGCCUUACCAGUGUGCUACAUGUGGGAAAGGCUUCAUACGGAAGUUUGCACUCAUCACCCAUCAGAGAAUCCAUACUGGAGAAAGGCCUUACCAGUGUUUAACAUGCGGAGCAGCCUUUUCACAGCCCAUCAGUUUAGCUUAUCAUGAGACAAUCCAUACUGGAGAAAGGCCUUAUCAGUGUUCUACAUGUGGAAAAGGCUUUGCACGGAAAAGUCAGCUUAUUACCCAUCAGAGAACCCAUACUGGAGAAAAGCCUUUCCAGUGUUUAACAUGCGGAGCCGCCUUUUCACAGCCCAGCAUUUUAGCUAAUCAUGAGAGAAUUCAUACGGGGGAAAGGCCUCACCAGUGUGCUACAUGUGGAAAAGGCUUUGCACGGAAAAGUCAGCUUAUUACCCAUCAGAGAACCCAUACUGGAGAAAUGCCUUGCUACAUGUGGAAAAUGUUUUGAAAAGAAAGGUCACAUCAUUUCCCAUCAGAGCAACCAUACUGGUGAAAGGCCUUACCAGUGUGCUACAUGUGGAAAAGGCUUUGUACAUAAAUUUAAUCUCAAAACACAC